UCACCACAUUUUCUAGGGUUUUUGCAUCUUCUUCCAUGGCGACGCAUUCCAUUUCUCGCUCCAUCCUCUGCCGUCCGGCGAAAUCACUCUCCUCUCUCUUCACUCGUUCCUUCGCCUCAUCAUCUGCUCCUCUCGCCAAAACUCCGGCGACUUCUCUCCUUACCCGGUCCCGUCCCCUCGUCGCCGCCUUAUCCUCCGCCUUCCGCGGUGGAUUUGUGUCCGUCAAAGGUCUUUCCUCGCAGGCUACGUCGUCUUCUCUGAACGAUCCGAACCCGAACUGGUCGAAUAGGCCACCGAAGGAGACGAUUUUGCUCGAUGGUUGCGAUUUCGAGCAUUGGCUUGUGGUUGUGGAUCCGCCUGAGGGAGAUCCCACGAGAGAUGAGAUUAUUGAUAGUUAUAUCAAAACCCUAGCUCAGAUUGUUGGCAGUGAAGAAGAAGCGAGGAUGAAGAUCUACUCUGUUUCGACUAGGUGUUACUUUGCUUUUGGAGCUCUCGUGUCUGAAGAUCUCUCUCACAAGCUUAAAGAGUUGCCGAAGGUGCGUUGGGUUCUUCCUGAUUCUUACCUUGAUGUGAGGAACAAAGACUAUGGAGGAGAACCUUUCAUUGAUGGGAAAGCUGUUCCUUAUGAUCCAAAGUACCACGAGGAAUGGAUAAGGAACAACGCAAGAGCUAAUGAAAGAAACAGGCGCAAUGACCGUCCAAAAAAAUUUGAUGGAAGCAGAAACUUUGAGAGGAGAAGAGAGAACAUGGCAGGAGGCUCUCCUCCCCAACGUCCUCCUAUGGGAGGCUCUGCACCUCCUCCACCUCCCAUGGGGCAGAAUUACGGUGGACCACCACCACCACCAAACAUGGGAGGACAAAGGCCUCCACCUAACUAUGGAGGACCACCACCGCCACAUAACAACAUGGGAGGACAGAGACCUCCAGCAAACUACGGAGGAGUACCACCACCACCUCACUAUGGCGGACCACCACCACCAAAUUACGGAGGAGUGCCACCGCAAAACAGCAUGGGAGGAGCACCACCACCAAACUAUGGAGGAGCGCCUCCACCUCCACCACCGAACUAUGGAGGAGCACCACCAGCGCAGAACAACAUGGGAGGAGGUCCACCAAAUGCAGGAUGGUCAGGUAACAACUACCAGCAGCAGCAGCCACAGUACCAGAACAACUACCCACCUAACCGGGAUGGCAGCGGGAACCCGUACCAGGGUUAAAAGUAUCUGAAGCAGUGGUGGGUUUUCUUUGAAUCAUGCUUUCUGGACGAUGUAUAGAUAAUCUGAGGAAGUGAGUGAGAGUGAAAUAACAAGACUUAAAAACUCCUAUCGUCUUCAGUGUUUUAUCAGUCUGGUAUCCUUGAGUAACAAUGCGUGGUUAUAACUUGAUUACUCUUGCGUUUUGUUAUUUUAGUUCCAUGUCCUAAACCCAUCUUGAGAGUAUCUGUUUCUAAAAUAAAAGCAGGAAUGUAGUGCAUCUUUCAUACUUGUGUCUUUGUUUGGCUCUUUUUGGGUCGAGUUAGUCUUAAGUUACAGUUUACCAAACAUGUAUAAGCUAAUAUGGAUGCUCA